UACCCGCAUCACCCCCAACUGGUCAACAUCGCGAUCUCUUAUGUCCGUCUGUCUACGAUUCAAGGUACUUCAAAAAUAUCUCGAACCAUACAAUUAACGGUCCAACCCUCAAAUAGUCGACUUUCUAUUGCAUUGAAGUCUUAAGAAAAAAUCCUGCGAUUUUUUUUUAAUUGUUCUUGGAUGAUGGGCAAGCGGAGGUGUUCUAAUGGUUUGCCGACUGGGCGGUCAUUUCCGUAGCAAGAUUGAGCGGUGUGUCGUUAUGGAGCUGAACGACACUUUUAACUUUAACUUAUCCGAAGCGUACCAUAUCCUCCUGGAGCAGCGCAACACGGACCACAAUGUCAACCCUUUUACAGAAGCGAUCCUCAUCGGCGUGUACGGCUUCCUCAUAGUGGUCGGCCUCCUCGCCAACAUCCUCCUGAGCAUCGUCAUCGCCCGGAGGCCGCAGAUGCACACGGCGCGUAACCUUUAUAUAGUCAACCUGACGAUAUCCGACAUCACGUUAUGCCUCAUAUGCAUGCCGUUCACGCUCGUUGCGAUAUUGAGGAGGCAGUGGAACCUCGGUCUCGCACUUUGCAAACUCGUACCGGCCUUGCAAGGUACCAACACGAUGGUUUCCGUCGGUACCAUCACAGUCAUCGCAUUGGACCGGUAUUACACGAUAAUUAAAGGUCAAGACGGGCCUACUACAAGAAGAAGGGUCAUCGUUUCCAUCGCCCUCGUCUGGUUUUUCUCAGUCCUAGUGAGCUUACCCCUCGUCGUUUUCCAGGUGGUGGAGCCGAUGAUGUUCGGCAAAGUGGUGCUUUACGAAACGUGCAUAGAAGACUGGCCGAACCAAGAGCUUAAAGUGCUUUAUACGUUAUGCGUCCUAAUGAUCCAGGCCGUCAUCCCUGCUGGAGUCGUCGGCUGCAUACACGCUAAAAUCGCCUCGUACCUCCACUCCCACGCCAAGACGCAGCGGGAUUCGAGGAGGGCACAGAGGGAACUCCAGCGAAACAAGAGAACUACCAUGCUGCUAUCAGGUGUAGCGGUACUGUUUGCUGUUAGCUGGUUACCCCUUGGACUUUUCUCCCUCUGGGCCGAUCUUCUCUAUACAGCGGAUUCGGCCAAAGAGACCAGCUUUUCACCCGAGAGCUUUUUCGUCGCUCUUGCCGCAUGCCACGUGAUCGCUAUGAGCUCGGCCGUCUCCAACCCGAUCGUCUACGGCUGGCUCAACUCGAACAUCAGGAGAGAGCUACUGCAGCUCUUCUCCAGCAGUUGCUCUAUGAACGCGAUGAGAGAGGGGAACGGCGUAGGUCCCACUUCGACCAUGAUGCUAUGCCAAAACGGCCAACGGGCCCAACACCAACCGCCAGCCACGACAUAUUCCGCCCUGUGAAUUCGUCAAAUCUUUCUUCGAAACUUCUGUGACUUAGCCUCUACUUAUCCCAUUCACAUAAUUAAUUCCGGAUAGUAACAAGGAAAUCCAAAAUCUGUUCACGCUACCAAGAACUUGUCUUAACAUUCACCGAAUACAAAUUCAAUAGAAUUCGAUCUAAUAAAGUAACCCCAAACCUUACAAAACCACCCUAGAUAUUAUUCAACGAAAUAAACAACACAUUCUAAAACGAAGGAAAACAAUAACAUUUUUGUUCAAAAGAAACUCUUUGGAUAUUGAAAGAUAAAUGUGCACUAAAGCAUAGAGCCAUUUGAAAAAACAUCUAAAAUAGACAAGAGCUCUUAAUUAAGUUUUAACUUUUAAAGCUGCAAACUUUCUUAACAAUCGUAAGUUUCCUACGGUACAGGCGAUGUACAACUUUUGCUUGCUCCUUCACUACGGUCUUUUGCAUUUGUGAUGGUAGAAGCAACCUCUCCAGCAACUCGGUUGUUUCCCUGCCUUGUUUAAUGGAUGAGAAAACAAGCCAGACAAGGAAAAAGCCCAAAGUCAAAAAAAAAGUGAAAACCCUAUUUGUAUAUACGGUUUUACUAAUUUUUUUAAUAUAAACAACAGUGCAAGAAAAUAAAUAAAUAAGCCAUGUGUUAUUUAUUUAUUUUUUUGUACUUUACCGAUUUGUGAUAUAUGAAUGUAAUUGGUUAUACAGGACAUUGUAAUAUUUUUUUUUAUCGUCUGUGAGUUUGGAAUUUCGAAUUUGAUAUUUCCGUAUGUAUAUAAUAUAAGAAAAAACAUUCUGUAUAAAACUCUGUUGCUAAUAUUACACGCAUGUAUUUGUAAUUUUAUUGUCUAUAUAGUUAAAGCUUAUAAAAUUAAAGAAUUUAAAUAUUUUUUUCAAUUGAGAAAAAAUAUAGAGGCAAUUUUAUAAAUCGAUCAUUUAAAAACUAUCAAAUCUGUUCUGUAACAUGUAUUUAGAGACAAUACGAUUUUAUUUUUAAUACUCAUUGUAAAGAGCUUAAUUGUUUAUACAUUUUAGUAGAUAUGUAAAAUUAAAACCACAAUACGGUUUUACAGGCAAAAAAAGAAUCAGAGAAAGAACUCCCUUUCUUUUGCUAAAAAAUAUUAAUAAUUAAAUCUAGUCAAAAUGGUUUGUAAUAAUGUAGUAAAUCUUUCCAUUUGGAAAGGUACUAAACCUGUGAACACAACAGCAGAGGAAAAACUUCCUCGAAGAUGCUUGAAUAUUUUUCUAUUCAAAAACUAUACAUAGGUUUUGUCAACAUGUGAUGGUAACACGAUCGUUCGAAAAUGUUAAUAGUGAUUUAGUAUAGCGUAAAUUUUAAAUGUGGAAAUGGCCGGGUUGUGAGCCAUUGCCGACUGGGAAUGAGCCACUCCGCGAAGCCCGACCUAGGCCGGGGCCCAUUUGCUCAACAUUUUGCUUAAUCCGGUCCGGAAGGGUUCGCGGUGUCCCUAUCUGCAAUCUUGCUCGACUUCUCGGCGCAUUUCCUUACAUCAUUCUAUGUAAAUAUGUACCAUAUUGGAAAAGGGUCUAUGAUAAAUAUAUGUGUACAUAUUUUUGUUUCUUACAAUUUUAAAUGCUAUUUACAGUGUGUUAAACGCUAAAUGUAUUGUUUAUAUCUCAAAUGUUAAAAAGUGAA